CAUUAAAAUUAAAUAAAUAUAUAAAUUUGUUAAAUAAAUAUAUAAACUUGUUUUUACUUUAUUGGGUUUUUACAUCGUGUAACUUCCCCGACCUUUCAUUUUCACACAAGGGAAGUAACUUCCAUUUAUCUUCUCCUCUAAGAUUAAUUUCACGGCAUCUCUCAGAACUCCGGGGAAAGUCGUCGACAAUCAUUCCGGUGUUGGUGAAGGGCGUCGGUAAUUGGUUCCGUAUAAGGCGGAUUGAAUCUCAAAAACUUCCAAAAGGUUUCUUCUUCGGAAACGUGAAGCUAGAGAAGCGUCGAGGAUUUGAAGUUCGAAAAGGCUCGCAAUGGAAGAGGUGGAACUGCCAAGCAGAUUGUUUGAGACUGGGUUUGAGCCAGUUGGAAGAAAGAGGGUUAAUAGUUACUUCAACCUUCGGUGGAUAGAGUUGAUCAAGCUUGCAUUAGAUGAGGAAGAUUUGGAGAUGUUGCAAGGAACACAGUUUGCUACAGUCCUUCGUAUGGGUGGUCAUACGUUCUCCGUCAUGUUUGCUCAUUAUUUUCUCUCGCUGCAGUUGGUAACUUUGAAGGAGUUUGAGUUAUGGUGGACGUUUGCCGGAAAGCCGAUACGAUAUGCCAUAGAAGACUUCGCUCUAGUAACUGGUCUAAACUGUGAAGAACCUCCUGCCUCCUCUAUGCGUGAGCAAGAGAAAGUUGUUGUUAGAGCCAAAGGAAAUGCGAAAGGAAAAGGGACAACAUCAAAAUCGUCCAUAUGGGAAGCUUUGUUUGGUGGAGAAUACAAACCCACCCCUAACUGGAUAAUGGAUAGGCUCAUAUUGGGAAAAAAAUACAAGGACUCCGUGACGCGUUUGCGUUUAGCAUUGCUGGUUCUUGUUGAGGGAAUUUUGUGUCUAACGUGCGGGUCAACGAAGAUUCGUCCAAAAGUUGUGAACAGGCUGGGUAAUAUAGAUGAGUUUCUCAAAUAUCCGUGGGGCCGAGAAUCGUUUUUACUCACCGUCAACAGUGCAAAACCACGGUCACCGCUUCAGUAUGUGCAAGACACCAUUGCGAUUCAGGGGUUUGUACACGCAAUGGUUCUUGUGACCUUAACGGCCUGUCCUGCGAUAUUUGUCAAGGCAAAGGAUGGGGCGCCAAUUCCUGAUGAUAAUAGAGGAUCGAAAGAAAUUUUGGAGAGUUUGGUCUCUAGAAAAUUGGCUGUUAAUGUUCCUUGGGCGAAGACUGUUGACCAAAAGGGCCAGGUAUGCCUUUUGUUACUAUCGAGUAGUGGGAAUGAAAUAUGUUAUCCACAGUAGUAGUCUGAUUUCGAUUGAAUUGUGGUGAGGAUUGUUGUUAUUGUUUGACAGUACUUAUAUAGUAUGGUUCACUCCCACCAAGUAGAAUAGAACAACCACAGUUUAUGGAUCACUUGUUAGUGAUAAAUAGUAUAGUUCUUACACAUCUGGUUUGGGUUUACUAUUUUCAUUUUAGGGUUUAGUUUUCCAGAUUUGGUUUGGGUCUAUUAUUUGGUUUAUGUUGUUUGUGUAGUACAGUAGUAGU